UGCUGUGGUGACAUCAUUCCUUCUGCACUGUAUAGCCUGCAGCUCUCUGGGAGGGACACUAGAAAUCUGCCACGGGUUUUCCCUCGCUGGGGCAGAGAUGGAUCUGGAGAGUUUGCAUGGGCUUCCUAUUAUCAACAACUACGUGGAAGGGACCCAGACAAGGGCGAGGGACAAGGCCUCCCCGAGUGGCCUCUACUUCAGGGACAGCAAGAGAAAGGUUGACUACGUCUUGGCCUACCAUUACCGCAAACGCCUGGCCCGCCAUGUGCCUGGCGCCGCCUCCCCGGAGCCGAGGCACGGAUUCGCCUCUGUAGCCCUGGUUUCAAACGGAAGCACUGGGAAGGGUCGUGCUGAGCCCCAGCAGCAGCAGCAGCAGGACGAUGGCCAGCGUGCCCUGCAGGGGUGGCCAGGGCUGCCUGGCCUGGAGGUGGUGGAGCUCAGCCCGCUGGACACCCUGGAGGAGGCGAGGCGGCUGCAGCGGGAGGAGUACGAACGCAACCUGCUGGAGGCGGGGCUGGAGAUCGAGAAAGACCCCGAGGUAAGAGGGGGAGAUUUGCGCCUCAUACAUGGCAUAGGUUUUGUCCGUAUACACGCACCUUGGCAAGUCCUCAGUCGAGAAGCAGAACUCCUUAAAAUAAAAAUGCCCACUAAAAAGAUGUAUGAAAUCACAGAAGAAAAGGGAAUACUCAAAACAUUAAAUGAAAUAUGGUGCAAAUUGACUGAACCUCUGCAACCCCAGGUGCCACAGCAAGAAAAUACCAAGAUGAAAACCUUGUCCUACCCAUUUUCCAGAGAGAAAAUAUAUUUGUAUAACAUCAAAGACAAAGAUACCUUUUUUGACAAUGCAACCCGCAGCCGAAUAGUGAGGGAAAUUUUGAAGCGCACAUUUACGAAGGCCAGAAACAGCAUGGGCAUUGGCACGUUAAUAGCAAACAAUGUUUAUGAUGCAGCCUACCCACUUCAUGAUGGUGAAUAUGAAGGCCAAAAUGAUGACAUGAAUGAAAGAAAGCUGCUGUAUCAAGAAUGGGCAAGAUAUGGAGUGUUUUACAAGUUUCAGCCUAUUGAUCUCAUAAGGAAGUAUUUUGGAGAAAAGAUAGGACUUUAUUUUGCAUGGCUGGGUUUAUACACAGAAUUCCUCAUUCCAUCUUCAGUAGUUGGGAUUAUUGUAUUUCUAUAUGGAUGUCUAACCAUUGAAAGUGACAUUCCUAGCAAAGAGAUGUGUGACCAACGCAAUGCCUUCACCAUGUGCCCCCUCUGUGACAAGUUCUGUGAUUACUGGAACCUCAGCUCUGCCUGUGCCACUGCUCGAGCGAGUCACUUAUUUGACAACCCUGCCACAGUUUUCUUCUCCAUCUUUAUGGCUCUCUGGGCUACCAUGUUCCUUGAACAAUGGAAGCGUUUGCAGAUGAGAUUGAGUUACUUCUGGGAUCUAACUGGACUGGAAGAAGAAGAGGAGAAGGUGGAGGAACAUCCCAGGCCAGAGUAUGAAACCAAAUUGCUGCAGAAAAAGCUGAAAAAUAAAAACAUUACAACAGAAAGUUCAAACGAGAAACUGACAUGGAGUGACCGCAUGCCUGGAUAUGCAGCAAACUUUGGACUGAUUUUAUUCAUGAUCAUGCUGGCGUUUUCAGCAGUGUUUGGUGUCAUCGUCUACCGAAUCACGACAGCAGCAGCCUUGUCCUUCAGCACAAACGAGACAACCAGGUCCAAUGUUCGAGUGACUGUGACUGCCACUGCUGUCAUCAUUAACCUUGUGGUAGUCCUCAUCCUCGAUGAAAUUUAUGGAGCUGUGGCCAAAUGGCUGACAGAAAUUGAAAUACCAAAAACAGAGAAAACAUUUGAGGAAAGACUGAUUUUGAAGGCAUUCCUACUGAAGUUUGUGAAUUCUUAUGCAUCAAUUUUUUAUGUUGCCUUUUUUAAAGGAAGGUUUGUUGGCCGUCCUGGUCGUUAUGUGUAUGUGUUUGAAGGUUACAGGAUGGAAGAGUGUGCUCCAGGAGGCUGUCUGAUGGAACUCUGCAUUCAGCUGAGCAUCAUCAUGCUUGGAAAGCAACUGAUUCAAAACAAUCUUUUUGAAAUUGGAAUCCCGAAGCUCAAGAAGCUCUUUAGGAAGCUGAAGGAUGAAAGAACUGAGGUAAAGGAAAUGGACACCAACCAAUCCAAAGACCCUCAGCAAUGGGAUCUCGACUACAUCUUGGAGCCUUUCACUGGGCUGACUCCAGAAUACAUGGAAAUGAUUAUUCAGUUUGGUUUUGUCACACUCUUUGUUGCCUCCUUCCCUCUGGCCCCUGUCUUUGCCCUUCUGAACAACAUCAUCGAGGUUCGUCUUGAUGCAAAAAAAUUCGUUACUGAGCUGAGGAGGCCAGACACAGUGAGAGAAAAAGAUAUAGGUAUUUGGUAUAACAUCUUGAGUGGUAUUGGAAAGCUUUCAGUCAUUAUUAAUGCUUUUGUCAUUGCUGUCACCUCUGAUUUCAUCCCACGCCUUAUGUAUCAAUAUGCAUACAGCCAGAAUGGAACCAUGCAUGGCUUCAUCAAUCACACCCUCUCAUACUUCAAUGUCAGCCAGCUCAAGGCUGGGACACAGCCAGAAAACUCCUUGUUUGCACAGGAGGUUUUAUUCUGCAGGUUCAAAGACUACAGAGAACCACCUUGGUCCCCACACCAGUACGAGUUUUCUAAGCAGUACUGGGCAGUCUUGUCUGCUCGUUUGGCUUUUGUGAUUCUAUUUCAGAACCUGGUGAUGUUCCUCAGUGUUCUGGUUGACUGGAUGAUCCCUGACAUCCCCAAGGACAUCAGUGAACAGAUCAAAAAGGAGAAGACUGUGCUUGUUGACUUCUUCCUGAAGGAAGAGCAUGAAAAGCUGAAGCUGAUCGAAAGCUUUAUUGCACAUGACAAGCAGAAACGCAGGAGCGGGACCAAAAGCAGAAGGACCAGAGCUGCCAGCUUCUCCCAGUGUCACCGCAGCCCCAAGGGCAGCUUCACCUCCUUCAGCUCACAGCACACCGUGGUGUGACUCCUGAGGGAGGGAACAGCCUGUGCUUUCCUCUGCUUACUACAUGGUGUGAUACUGAGCCUAGAAUGAGGGAAGGAGAGAAGGGACAGGGAG